CGCCCAACAACCACCCUUCCCUUUUCAACCCCCAUAAUCAGCAAAAAUGUCUAAGCGCGGACGUGGUGGUGCUGCCGGUAACAAAUUCCGCAUGACCCUCGGUCUCCCCACCGGAGCCGUCAUGAACUGCGCCGACAACUCUGGCGCCAAGAACCUUUACGUCGUCUCCGUCUUCGGUACCGGCGCCCGUCUUAACCGUCUCCCCGCCGCCGCCCCCGGUGACAUGAUCAUGGCCACCGUCAAGAAGGGAAAGCCCGAGUUGAGGAAGAAGAUCAUGCCCGCUGUCGUCGUUCGUCAGCGUAAGCCCUGGAGGAGGCCCGAUGGUGUUUUCUUGUACUUUGAGGACAAUGCUGGUGUUAUUGUUAACCCUAAGGGUGAGAUGAAGGGUUCUGCUAUCACUGGCCCUGUUGCUAAGGAGUGCGCUGACCUUUGGCCUCGUAUUGCCUCUAACUCUGGUACCGUUGUGUAA